GCCCCCCUCCUAGGAGUUGUCAGCGGACUUCGCCGUGUUUAAAAUACAGUGAACACCCAUCAUAGGACCAUGCCUUAUGAAUCGUAUUCUAUAGGCUUAUGUCGGUCUCUAUUCACUAUUGUAACCUUCGUUCUCACCAAUGGGAUACUUUAACCACCCCAAAGAUGUCGAUACUCACGAAUCCAUAGAACUCGAAAGACUCUACAAUGUUCCAGUGGUCUGCCCUCGUUUUACUCUUACUCCUGCCACAACUUUCGCAUGGUAUCCUUCUCGAAAAGUUCAACGACCUCAAGCGGGACAAGUUCGACUUUGUUAUCAUUGGUGGGGGAACUGCGGGAAACACAGUUGCGAAUCGCCUGACAGAGAAUCCGGACCAUCAUGUUCUUGUGCUGGAAGCUGGUGGAUCGAACGAAAAUGUCUUAUUGUCUAUCGUUCCAGAUUUUUGUGUUAAGACACUUGGAAGUGCGAUAGACUGGAAUUACGUCGCUCAAUCUGGUCCUGCUGUUAAUAGGGAUAUGGAGUAUCCUAGAGGUUUCAUCCUCGGCGGAAGCAGCUCAAUCAGUAGGCACAUCUUAACAGUGUGGUUGACUUUCCCCCUACAUGUCGUCCAAUAGAUUGCAUGGUAUACACCCGUGGAACAAGAGAAGACUGGGAUCGAUAUGCCAACGUAACCGGUGAUUCUGGGUGGUCCUGGGACAACAUUCAACCAUAUGUACGGAAAAACGAACGUUUCACUCCUCCAGUCGAUGGACACAACACGACUGAGGAAUUCGACCCAUCAGUUCAUAGUUUCGAUGGAAUGAACUCUGUUACUCUUUCUGGGUUUCGCCAUGAGGUAGAUACACGCGUCAUCCAAGCUAGCAAAGCGAUGGGAAACGAUUCAGACUUCCGAUUUGUUCUUGACAUGAAUUCCGGCAAUCACCUUGGAAUCGGUGAGCUGCUACAUCCAUGAUCCUUUCAUCUUUGGUCCAUAUUAUCUGGUAUGUAGGUUUCGGGCAAUCAACUGUGCUCAAUGGAACCAGGAGCAGCUCUGCCACAUCAUAUCUAGGACCCCAAUUCAUCAACCGCCCCAACCUUCAUGUUCUGUUGCAUGCCCAUGUUACGCGUAUCUUGUCGACAGCAAAGAAUCUCACCUUCCGAGGCGUCGAACUGUCUCAAGAUUCUGGAGCAACGGUCCAUACAGUCAGUGCAACAAAGGAAGUCAUACUAUCCGCUGGCUCCAUCGCAACGCCCCAGAUUCUUAUGAACUCGGGCAUAGGGGAUCGCAAAACGUUAACGAAUUUGGGUAUUCAAACUGUGCACCACUUACCAUCUGUCGGUCAAAAUCUGACUGAACAACCUCUCCUUUCGUACAACUGGGUGGUCACCGCCAAUGAUACCGAGGAGGAAGCUACAAGAAACGUCACUCUUGCUGCAGAACAAUUAAAGCAGUGGAAUGACACGAGGUCGGGUCCUUUGGUUGAUGCUCCUGGAUUGAACCUAGGGUGGUUCCGACUGCCUGCGAAUGCGUCGAUCUUUGAGGAAUUUGAGGACCCUUCUCCUGGACCCAACACUGCACACAUUGAGAUUCAGUUUGUGAAUGGAGGUUUUACUCCGGAGAACCCUCCGCCUAACUUGAUAGGCACAAAUCCUACCCUUCUUUGCCCCACCUCUCGUGGUUUCGUCACACUUAACACGUCGAACCCAUUUAACCAUCCUAUCAUCAAUUUGAACCUAGUCGGUACAGAAUUCGAUCUCUUCGCGAUGCGUGAAGGUAUUCGAAACACCCGGCGAUUCAUGGCAUCUCCAUCAUUCGAUGGGUUUAUCGUAUCUAGUACUAUUAACGCGACAACGGAUGAUGAACUGGAUGAAUACAUCAAAGCCAACGUCGGCGUUGCAGAACACCCGACAGGGACUGCUAUGAUGACGUCCCGAGAUGCUGACUGGGGCGUUGUGGAUCCGGAUUUGAAGGUGAAAGGUGUUCGAGGACUUAGAGUUGUGGACGCUUCUGUUUUGCCAUUUGUCCCGGCAGGACAUACACAAGUGCCAACGUACAUCAUUGCUGAACGGGCAGCGGACUUGAUCAAAACUACGUGGGAUUGAAGAGUCCGAAAAUGAACCAAAGCUUGACUUGUAUUUUCGUAAUUUUAUAAAGAGUCCGACCUUGCUGGGCC